CACCGUACACUCACACACUGUUGCAGGAAGUCGCUUUUCAGAACGAGAACGUACGAUAUCGCGCAAAAACGUUUCGAUUCAGCCGCUUUAACCGUGUGCGCGAUCAUGACGGAGUACGCACACGUAAAGUCCACCAAACUGGUCCUGAAAGGAUUAAACGAUAAAAGGAAGAAGAAAAAGAACAAAGACAAGAAGAGAAAACGAGAUGGUGAUGAAGACAAGCCGGAUGUCGUUGGGGGAUGGUGGUCAGCUAAAAGUUUUGGUGAGAUCACAGGAUCAGUGGCCAUUGAGAUGCACAAAAGCUCCUACGUUCAUGCACUGGACACUGGACUCUUCACCGUAGGAGCUCCACAUAAAGAGGAUGAAGGCCCAGAUCCUCCAGAACAAUUUACCGCCAUCAGACUCUCGGACUCCAGGAUAGCUCUAAAGUCAGGCUAUGGGAAGUAUUUAGGUAUAAGCUCAGAAGGUGUUGUGGUUGGUCGCUCGGAUGCCAUUGGCUCCAGAGAGCAGUGGGAACCAGUGUUUCAGGAUGGUAAACUGGCCCUGCUUGCUGCAAACAGUUGUUUUAUCUCAUACAGCGAGAGCGGCGACAUAGUGGCCAAGAACAAGACCGCUGGAGAGGAGGAGAUGAUCAAGAUCCGUUCAUCCACAGAAAGGGAGGUGAAGAGAAAAGACGAUAUAGCAGAUGAAGACAGGGGUGAUGUCAAGAACUGCGAGGUCAACUAUGUGAAGAAGUUCCAGAGUUUCCAGGAUCGGAAGCUGAGGGUGAAUGAGGAAGACAGCAGUUCACUAAAAAAAGCCAGAACAGAUGGAAAAUUCCACGAGGAACUGCUGGAUCGGAGAGCCAAGAUGAAAGCUGACAGAUACUGCAAGUGAAUCCAGAACUCAAUGUUUAGGUGAGUAACUCCCCCAGUGUCUCGUGGGUUUGCGCAGAUCACGAACCGUCACGAGAGCCACCGGCACUUCCGCCUUCACAGACUCUUCAGAGGA